AUGAAAGUAUUAUCACUUCUGUCGGUGUUGUUGUUUUGCGGCUUGGGCGCCCAAGGGAUCCCUUACGGAGGUAGAGCUGUCGCUUGCCCCGAUUCUUUUCUAAUUACCCCUUGUGUCUGCACUUUAAAUGGCCAACAGAUCGAUAUGACCUGCUCCGGUCUAUCAACCUUGAAAAGCCUGACGGAUAUCUUUGCCCGUACCUUCCCUACCAACAUCUUGCAUUCAAUUGUAAUCCAGUCAUCAACUUUAGGACCACUACCAAACGACGUGUUUAAUGGAAAAUCUUUUGAGAUUAUUAGCUUCUUAAAUAAUCGUUUGACAUCUUUCGACAACACUGGCAUUUUUACUUCAUCAAAGAGUAGCCUAACAUCGCUCAGCGUGAGACAAGACGCAGAUGACUGGACCUUUAACUUUGCCAACCUUCAGGGCUACAAUUUACUUGCAGAAUUAGAAUUGUCUGGAUACAGUAUGGCAUUAUCAGGAACACUGUCCAGUUCAUCGUUGGCAUCUCUCACGCUCCGAAGCGAUUUACUAUUGGGUUUGCCGUCUCUCGGGACACUACCUGCUCUCUCCAUACUUAAUCUAGACGGAAGUUAUAUUUCAAAUUUGAACGGAAACUCCUUUUCAUCCUUUUCAAGCCUUUCAGAAUUGUAUCUUGGUCACAACAAAAUUGAAGCACUUCCUACUGGGGCAUUGUCUCUAACCGGCAGUGUAAUCCAAGUUGACUUAUCAAGCAAUCUUAUCGACAGCGUUCAGUCAAAUUGGAUCACAGGUGUGUCAUCAGCGACAACAAUCCAACUUGUUAAUAACUACAUCAGCGUUCUGGAUCCCUUAUCGUUCGAAGGAGUCAUUCAGGCUCUUAUGCCAUCAGGGAAAUUACUGUUGGAUGGCAAUCCGCUGACAUGUGGCUGCGAAGUCGCAUGGGUUGUGACCGAUCCUGCCUAUCUAACCGUCGCAAGUGACGCUCGCUGUGUCAACGGAACUCGUCUAACUAAUUUGGAUCCAAAUUACUUUGUUCAAAAUUGUUGAAUUCAUUGAUUUACUAUGUGACCAUCAAUACAAUAAGCAGUUUAAACAUUC